AUGUGUGCGUUUGACAACGUGCCAGGUGAGAGGGGCUCCGCAGAAUUAUCUCGGAUCUUAGAUCGCCCCGACAUCGGCGAUAUCCACCCCGCGAUCUUCAGGUCCGGCAGGUUGGGAUGUGACACCAAGCGAGGCGUACUCUUGGAGCUAUGCACCUCCGCAGGGUUGCAGCUGCGAAGAAACAGGAGUGCCUCUAGCAGAUUGCAAGACCAUCUGGACAAGAUCAACCCAAGUUACCCCCUUACUGGCGGGGGUGCCGCCCAAGGGGCCGUGGACGGCCUACUCUGCGUGCAAUACGACAACAGUGCUUCUAAGGGAGAGUUUUUCGAGGACCCUGGCACGCUGCCGAUAUCUAUUUUUGGCGACAGCGGAGCGUCCGAGUUCUCGUACCACGACAACCUGGCAGCAUCGGCCGCAUCGGGGGCCACCGAAACCGACUCCUUUUUCGAUACGGGCGACAGAAUACCUGCCGCCUUCCUGGCCGACGAUGGCGGCACAGUUGCGGCUUUUGGCGGCUUCUUUCCGGUGGAGAUAUCGUCCGUAACAUGGCGGGAUUGGGACACCGGCCAAGAGACGGACUUCAUGGACGUCAACUGUGGAGUGUACUACUACGACGGGGCGGCUGUGGACACAGUAACGACGAACUCCGCCUGUAUUUUGGGAGGGGGUACCGGGGAGACGGUUGCCUCCGCCACCGAUGUCUCGGAUGGGUGCAAGAACGCGCUGGCGUCUGUCUGUUACACCAUAACUCACGACGGCGAAGGAGGCGUAUCCGCCGUUUCCGCAGCGGUGGUGCUCACGGACAUCCCUCCCGGCCCGAACGGCGGCAGUUUCUCUGCCGUAUCGCCUCAGCAGUUCUCCGUGGAGUUUCGUCUGGACGAAACAUCCGACUCGUUUGCGGACAUGACGCGUAGCCAGGACCUGGGAAACUUGGUGGAGAGGGGAAGGUCUGGAAACCCAGGGUAUUUGCCGGGGCUCCCCGUGCUCGCCGGACGGCUGGAAUCGUUCGACGACGACGAGUACAUUGCUCCCGGAGGGAGCAAUGGUGGCGGGGGCCUAGAGCUGAUGGCCGGGGAGGGGCGUGGCUGUGACGACGUUGGAACAACUCCGGUGGAGUUUGCGUAUGACGGUGUCGGCUGCUGUGUUCUCUCUCUCACCCGAGAAGCCCUGGCGGAGCACUGUACAGGUUCCGGGCAGCACGUGGACCCUGAGACGGGCUUCACCCCUUUGGCGUUUGGGAACACGUCCUCAACGGUGGAGUACUUGGGCAUCUACGGCAACGCCGACCCGUUGGACGUGUCCCAAUGGGUCGAACUCCCGUUAGCUUCCAGCGCAGACACGGCAUCCUGGGACGACGAGAGUGGGAUGUGCUCCAGCAUGGUGUCAACCUUGGAGUACAGAGUGUUGUACACCGCCGUGGGAUCUAAGGCAAACCCGCAGAGCAAGAUUGUUUCUGCCGCUGCUCGGUAUGGCAAGUCGGACUGGAUCUGGCGCGAAGAGUUUGCGGAUGAGCAAAAUUUUCUGGUAUGCAAUACCGUGUCAUUCAAGAUGUACGAGCAAGAGACGCUGCGGUACACUCCACCAUCCCCCCCAGUGGCGUUCACUGUUCCAUGGGACGUAUUUUAUCCGUUCUACAUAUCGACGUCCGGCGGCACGGCAUCCACACCCUCGCAUAGCACUAUGGACGGUUUCUGCAUCGCAGUUGCUCUACUUGGCCUGUCUGCGUUCUGGACUUUUUCGGCGAACAGCUUUCCGUUUUAG